AUGAAGACUCCUCCAAAUUCGGAAGAUGAACUAGAAGAAGACAACGAUUCUGAUGACGCAUGUCCAGUGUUUAGGGAGAGUGCAAGAUUUGGUGAAUUUCAUCUUGAGGUGGGUAUAAAAUUUGGCACAAAGUGGGACUUUAGAGAAGCUGUUAGGGAGUAUACAAUUCAAGAGGGUAGGCGCAUACGCCUGGCGAAGAACGAUAAUAUAAGGUGCAUGGCAGUUUGUAAGGUUAAGGAGUGCCCUUGGGUGAUUUAUGCAUCAAGGGACCAUAAAGACACUUGUUGGCAGAUCAAAACCUUUAAUAACAACCACACAUGUCCCAGGGAAGACAGAAAUAGGGCUGCUAAUAGGAAUUGGGUCUGCAGCAAGCUUGUGAAGAAGAUUAGAAAAUAUCCCAACUUCAGACACUGCGAAGCUACAACCUAUUUCAGAACACGUUUUGAUUUGACACUAAACAAAAAUUCAAUCUCGAGGGCUUUGAUGGAUGCUAGAAGUGUAGUGUAUGGUGAUGAAAAGGAACAAUAUAAGAUGGUGAGGGACUAUGGCUUGACUUUGCUAAAAACCAAUCCCGGUUCAAUAGUGCAAAUAUGUACCAAACCUCAACCAAAUGGAGAAGUUAUUUUUGAGAGAAUGUAUGUGUGCUUAAGUGGUUGUAAAAAUGGGUUCAAAGCUGGCUACCGUCCUUUGAUUGGAUUAGAUGGAGCAUUCCUGAAGACUCAAUUUGGUGGACAAAUUCUGUCAGCAGUUGGACAGGAUGCGAACCAUCAUAUCUACGUCAUUGCGUGGGCAAUUGUGGAGAUAGAGAAUAGGGAGAACUAG